CUUCCUUCUUGUACGUUGUGCGUAAGUGAGAGGCGAGGCAGCAGAGGCAGAAACGCAGGACAAAAUCAGAGGAAAAUAGAGUGUCUAGUCAGUGCUCGAGGUUUGCAAUGGCCAACAAUCCCUUCAGUUCUUCGGGAGGGUUUGGGACAACUUCACCUCUGUUUGGAGCCAGCUCUGGACCCUCUCUAUUUUCAUCCUCAUCGGCUGCUGCAACUACUAGCCCUUUUAGUUUUGCAUCUUCAUCUUCAUCAGCUUCUACCGCUACUACAGCUGCAACUCCAUUGUUUACGGGCAUUUUCUCAUCAAGUUCAGCAUCGGUAUCGACUUUUGCUGCUUCAGGGCUCUCUUUCCCGGGUGGUUCACCGUUUUCCACAAGCAGUGCAGGUUCCACCCCUACAACAAUUGCUGCUUCUACUUCUUCAAGCUCUUUGGGAUUCUCUUUUGGUUCAUCUUCUUCCUUCGGGUUUGGCAACCCAUCUUCAUCAUCAUCCCAAGCGUCCUUAUUCUCAGCAAAGGUUGGGGCAUCUCCAUCCCCUUUUGGAGACAACAGUGGUUCAACCCUAUUUUCAUCUUCACCUGCACCUACUGCUACUAUUGGUUCGUCUUCAUCGUCAGUGACAACCCCAGCCUUUUCAAGCUUCAUAUCAUCGAACUCAGCUUCAAAUUCAACCACUUCACCUUUAUCUGCUUCGACAGGGUUCUCCUUGCUUGGCACUUCAUCUUUUUCAAAGAGCAUUGAAAGUUCAACAUCAACAACAGCCUCUACUACAACACCUUCAUUAACAGCUGCAUCUUCAUCAAGUUCAUCAGGCUUCUCUUUUGUCCUCCCUUCUUCAGCUUCUCAACCUGCCUUUGGCUUUGGCAAUGCAGCUUCCUCAUCAUCUUCAGCACCCCCAGUCUCUGGGACGUCAUCCCCAUUUGGAGCUAGCAGUGGUUCCCCUCUGUUUUCAUCUUCACUAGGGCCAGCUACUGCUACUCCCAGUCCCACAACUUCUGCCACGAUCUCUUUUGGUUCUUCUUUAUCUUCAGCUUCUACUACUACAGUUGCAGCUCCAUCUUUUCCAAGCUUGUUAUCAUCAAGCUCAGCUUCUUCUAUGGGAUCAUCUUUUGGGAGUAGUUCACCAUUUUUGAAGAGCACUGUCAGUUCGACAACAACAGCAACUGCAGCAUCUUCUUUAGUAGCUGCUUCUUCAUCAGGCUCUUCAAGCUUCUCAUUUGCCCCACCUUCAGCUUCUCAACCUGCAUUUGGAUUUGGCAAUGCAGUUUCAUCAUCACCUGCACUGACAUUCUCCGGUGCCGCUGUGUCAAAACCAUCAUCUUUGUCCUUUGGAACAUCAUCAGCGUCAUUGUUUGCGACAGUUACCACUACUGCUUCUACCCCUGCAGCAAGUACUACCGCUGCUUCAACUCCAUCAUUCCCUGCCUUUAACUUAAGUUCUUCAUCUUCUGCUGCUACAGAUUCAUCAGCUGCACCUGCUAGUUCAGCUUCAACAUCAGAUGCUGUGAGUUCUUUAACUGGAUUUGGUGUGACAAAUGCAGCCACUACGUUUGGGAGUUCUGGUUCUUUCUCUGGCUUUUCUUUAUCAACAAAACCAUCCACUCCUGCUUCAUCCUCACAAGCACAAUCCACUGCCACUGCUCCCGUAUUCAGUCUCACUGCUUCCAGUUCUGCUGCUUCAAUGACAACUACUACUACUACUGCCCAAACAUCAUCAGCACUUGUUGCUUCAAGCAGUGGGACGACUUCAAGUGCCACUGCUGCAGUAUCUACCACCCCAAAGUUACCUUCUGAGAUAACAGGAAAGACAGUGGAAGAGAUCAUCAAGGAAUGGAAUGUUGAACUUCAAGAACGUACGGGGAAAUUUCGAAAGCAGGCCAGUGCAAUAGCUGAGUGGGACAGGCGAAUCUUGCAGAAUCGUGAUGUUCUUCUUAGGCUUGAGAUAGAAGUGGCAAAAGUGGUUGAGACCCAAGCUAGCUUGGAUCGACAACUGGAGUUAAUUGAGACUCAUCAAAAAGAGGUUGAUACAGCUCUGCAAAGCAUGGAAGAAGAAGCAGAACGUAUUUACAAGGAUGAGCGUGGAUUGCUUCUUGAUGAUGAAACUGCGUCAACAAGGGAUGCAAUGUUUGAGCAGGCUGAAAAUGUAGAGAGGGAAUUGGAGCAUAUGACAGAACAGAUCAAGUCUAUUAUCAAUACUGUAAACUCUAGUCAGGGUGGGGAACUUGAGGCACUUGACGGAACUACUCCCAUGGAUGUGGUGGUCAAAAUCUUGAAUAAUCAACUAACAUCUUUAAUGUGGAUUGAUGAGAAGGCUGAGGAAUUUUCUGGUCGUAUUCGAAAGCUUGCUGCACAGGGUAAUGCCACAGAUGGGGAACUAAUGGCUGCACCAAAGUUUUGGAUGUCCUGAUCCUUUAGUUUCAAGGCUGCCCCGAAGUUGAUGUUGAGUUUAGUAAUUUCAGAGGUAAGAUGGUUUAAUUUUUCCCAUCUUUUUCAUCAGGUGGAUGAUGUAGAAGACGUAAUUUCGGACUUGGUCUAAUGAUUGUUACAAUUAAGAAAAAAAUUGGGGUUCAAGGCCUG